AUUGGUGUGUAUCCGCAUUAGACAAAAACAGGCUUUUUCACAUUGCUCAGAAUGGCACUCUUUCCGAGUUAGAGAGCUUAAUAAAAAGAUUUAAGUUGACUGUACACCAAGAGAUGAUUUUUUUUAAUAAGAUAAAAGAUGAUUACGACUGGACCUUAUUAAUGGUUGCAAGUGUGGCAGGUAAUAUAGACAUUGUGAACUAUUUAUUGAAGAAAGGAGUGGAUGUACAUCACCAAGACAACCAAGGGCGUAACUGUUAUCAACUAGCUCUUCAAACUAAACAGCAUACUGUUUGUCAAGCUUUAGAAGAAUUUGUAUGUGGACCCAGAAACCUUGCGGUUGAGGAUAAGGGAAGCACCUCAAAUGUCUUGGUUAAUCAACUGAGUCUUCGCCGCAAAAUUGCCCUAAAUAACCUGAGAGCAAAAUGCAAAAUAUGCAACGAGCACAUGAGUCUGGAUUUUUAUCUUCAGAAACAUCGCUACACCGCCAUCCAUUUAUUUAAUUUAAAUAAGAAUAAUCCCUCUGAAGAAACAUUAAACUUUCCUGUUUCGUCUCUUGGUUACAAGCUCCUUAAAAAGGAGGGCUGGAGUGAAGUAGGCGGGCUUGGAAGUAGUGGACAAGGAAUCCUCUACCCUAUUAAGACUAUGCUUAAACGCGAUAAGCUUGGUUUAGGAGUCAAGACAAAGUCGCAUGUCAAAAGGAUAACUCAUUUUAAACCUGGAGAUAUUAGCGCUAUCAAAGAUAAAAACCCUUUUAAAAAGGAGCUAGUUUAUACCAAAAAAAAACUUCAAAAAUGUGAGGAACUGCAAAAAAAGAAAGAAAUUGAGAUUCGGAGAUGUCUUAAUGAGUUGUAA